AUGCCUCUCGACUUGCCUCGUAUCAUGGACAGUGCUGGAUUCCAUCCGGCCCAGUCCUGGUCCCUGGGGCUUUCCUUGUGUUCUACUGUAUUCUUCGCAUCACUUUGCACAGUGGCUCGUCGUUACACGUCAAACUUGUGGAAUGCGACGGUCGUCAUGUCACUAACGCAUGCGUUUGGCUGCAUCUUCUGGGGAGGCUCGAUCCUACUCCGCGACGAAUCUACUGUCAGUGGUCCUUCCUCACCAGAGGAAGCGUGCCUGUUGGCCGUUUCUCUGGGUUACUUCCUGGUUGACAUUACUCUGUGUGUCUCCGUGUUCAAGGACUGGGAGUCUACCCUGCAUCACGCAUUCUGCGUCGUGGGGGAGAUUGGUGUCCUUUACACUGGUUUAUCGGGUCACAUCAUCAUCGCCUUUUUGUUCAUUGCUGAACUCUCAUCGCCGUUCCUGUAUUCUUUCGAGACUGGUUUUGUCCCAGCUGGAAGCACGGCGGCCCUAGUGUGCCAAGCUCUGUUCGCGAUCUUGUUCAUUGGUGGUCGUCUUGGUGCCGGAACUCUUAUGAGUUACUCUCUAUUAUCCAAUGGUGAGGUCCCGUUCCUGGCCAAAACGUCAUGCAUCGGUCUGAUGUCGAUUUCGGUGCUGUGGGCCACGCGUAUUAUGAGGAUUGCAUAUGACACGCUGGUGGGGCUGUUGUCCCCUCGGAAAACAGAGCUAUCGGAGGCCAAGACUUCCGAGCCUAUUGUCGCGGGCUCUACUGGGUGCUGA